AUGGAAGAAAACAAAGAACAAGCAGACUCUUGCGUCAUUAAAGUGGCAAUUGGCGCUCUAAUAUGGCCUGUGCCGGCCGCGCCGCCUCCUACGCACCCAUGCCCCUCGCUCUCCCCUCCUUUCCCCUCCCCCUCCAACCCCUCUCCCGCCUACCCACGGCCCCCGCCGGCCCUGAGGCUCCCGCAGCCUCCACUUGUACGUUCCGGACGCUUCCGCCGCCGCCCCCGCACACGCCGCCUUGAGCCCAGGCGUGCUGCGUGCCCCGCCAGCACCAGCAGGAGCGUGGCGGGGUGCGAGUGGGAGCGGCGUCGGUGGUAUCAGUGUUUUGGGCUGUGGCGAGAGGGUUGGCGGCGGCAGCGGGAUGGUUGCAGGAGACGCGCAGGGGGAGACAGCGGCACCAGGUGGUCUGUGGAGAUGCUAGUGGCGGUGAUGAUGGCAGUGGUGAUGUUGGCGAGGGUGAUGACGGCGGUGGUGAUGAUAAAGAUGGCGAUGAAGGCAGUGGUGGUGACUGUCACUGUGGCUGUGCCGGUGGCAGUGGCGGUGGUUAUGGGCGUGGCGGUAGCUGUGGCAAUGGUUGAGGCGGUAGUGAUGGCAGUGGGGGUGGCGGUAGCAGUGGCUGUGGCUGUCGCUGUGGCGGUGGCUGUAAUCGGAGCUGUGGCUGUGGGUAUGGCGAUGGUGCUGGCGGCGGCGGCGGGGGCGGCGCGGGGGCAGAUGCGGCGGCGAAGCGGCGGCGGCGCGGCGCGACUGAGGGAGCCCCUGGGGCUUCUAAUUACGGCGGCCGAGCGCGGGGGCGUGGCGCCGCUCCCAACCGCGCGCUGUCGUUCCGCGGCGGCUCCAGCGCUCCGCAACCACGCGCGCCGCCAUCAGCAUGGCCGCCGCUGCGCGCGUUAA